AAACUGGAAAAUAAUAAAAUAUUUGCAAAUAUAGUAAAAAGUGACCAACAAACAAAAUGGGAGACGCAGUCGAUGAUGAUGAGAAGCCUCCAUACGCUUUCUUCUUUGGAGGUAUGGGCGCUUCCAGCGCCAUUAUCUUCUCGGCUAUGGGCGCAGCGUACGGCACAGCCAAAUCGGGAACUGGCAUCGCUGCAAUGGCAGUGAUGCGUCCCGAGCUUAUUAUGAAGUCCAUUAUACCCGUAGUAAUGGCUGGAAUUAUUGCCAUUUACGGUCUGGUCGUUUCGGUGCUAAUCGCUGGAUCCUUGUCGUCCAGCUACACCAUUCGUCGUGGGUAUACCCACUUGGCCGCAGGACUUUCGGUGGGAUUUGCCGGCUUGGCUGCCGGCUUUGCCAUCGGCAUUGUUGGAGACGCAGGCGUACGUGGCACGGCUCAACAGCCACGCCUUUUUGUUGGCAUGAUAUUGAUCUUGAUUUUUGCUGAGGUUCUGGGACUCUAUGGCCUAAUUGUGGCUAUAUACCUUUACACCAAGUAAAGAGUCUUUAAUGUCCUGUAACGCAAAAUGCCAUUUCAAUAAACUGCCUGAUUCUAAUUAGUAAUCGGCCAAAUUAUCUUGAUA